AUGGGCAGCGGCGAUGGCAUAGGCUCACAUGCACCGGCGUCUGUCGGCCUGAUCUAUGACGUCUUUACCGAGUCUGAGAUGGCUUUCGGCAUGCCUAGGCGGAAACAGAAGGCAGCUCGUUCGACUCCGCAUGAUCGUCAAGACAGUGAUAUAGCAGCUGGCUCUGUCCCACGACCUAUCAGCCAUGAAGAUCCUCAUGCAGUUGCUGACGACGGUGUCACUGGUAUAGGGCAGUGGACAGAGGUGGCAAGUGAUGAUGUAGGAUCCAGCUGUUUUUCAAGAGGAGCUUUUGAGAAUGGGUCCACGCCUCGAACAAGACAGGAAAGCUAUCGACAAGAGGCAGAGACAGACGAUGCCAGGUCGGAGUGUCUCCUCAAGUUCACUGGUGAUUGUCGCCCAGAAAUCGCCCUUAGACUUCAUAUGCCGUCGCCGCCUCAAGCACGGACUCGAGAGCGAUCUCGCUCAUCUAUUAGGCCCACGAUCCCUCCCGACGAUGGCGCUACUCCGAAGCGGGCCUCGCCGGGCAACGAAGGAGACGUGGAAAGCAAAGGAGGCACGAGAGGAGGUGGAGGCUAA